UUUGUCAGUCGGGUGUUAUAUAGCUGUCACUGGUCCAGUUAUACUGCUCAAGGACUCCUGCAGGAAGUCUCUGCUUCACCCGCGCCUGCAACACCCAGGAGAACCCCCCCCCCCCGACAACUCUCUCAAAAGACUGUGGGAGCAGCAGCAGCAGCAGCAGGAGUCGAGACGUACAGGCGGGCGGAAGUGGACUUGUCAGGCAGACAUCUGGAGAGGCUGCCCACCAGCCUCUUUUCCAGUCUCCACUUGACCAGCAUCAACCUCUCCCACAACCUCCUCGCCCCCACUCACCCCACCGCCACUAAUACUCUUAGGAAGCGUCAGGUUGGACGUGGCAGGAGGCGGCGGGACCGACGCCGCCGUCAUGCUGAGGCUCGGGAGCCUUCCAGCACUAGAGCCCGGCCACCUGGAGGCGAGGAGGAUGCACUAAAACAAACAGGUCGCAGGUCUAGACAACCACGUGAGGAUGAAGUGCUGAGUGGCGACUCAGGAGUGCCCUCUGAACCAGUUGAGGAGGCCCUCAGGAGUGACCGAGACACACAGGCAGGCGACACCAAACCUAGCGAGCCGAAGGUGGCAACCGCUGCCUCUCCGGCAGUACAAGGUGUCGAAUCGGGAAAAAAACAUAAUUCGGUGUUUGGAAGCAUUGCAGAAGAGCUGGAAGCUAAAAUACGACUGCGUAAGGCAAUAAGCGAGGGAACGCCUGUAAAUGAAAACCAUACUGUCUUAGCGUGUGUUAACAGAACCCGGUCAACUACAGCUGAUGCUGGUACACCACAAGCAGCUGCGAGCAAGCCUUCGCCCGUAGAUGUGGCGGAGAACCCAGCAGCAGCAGCGGGAGAGAGGCAGGGUUACAAGAGUGAAGGUGUGAGAGGUAGACAUGAAGAGAGCAGCAGUUCGUCUGGUGUUGAGGAGAGUGAGAGUGAGAGUGUGGAGGGAGGGGGCGGAGUGAGCCCCUCCACACCCAGGACCCUCGGCGCCCUCCACCACCUCAGACACUUCCAGCAACUCCAGGUGGUGGUGCUAGCUAGAAACAGACUGAAGGAGUUCCCGAGUUGCCUGUUGAGUCUUCCUGCCCUGGCGCGUCUUUCUCUCGCGCACAACCUCCUCACCGACCUCCCCCACGCCCUGGCCACCCUCACCAGACUGGUGGAGCUGGACGUGUCGUACAACCAGCUGACGGGCGUGGGUGCUGGCGUGAGCGGCCUGCCCACCCUCGCCCACCUGAGGGCGGCUCAUAACCGCAUUAUCCACGCCCCUGAAUUGGCCACCAUGGAGGCGCUUAGGACGUUGGAUGUGUCGGGCAACAAGCUGAGCGCUGUGCCUGGCCUGGGUGCGCUGGAACCCGGCCUGGAUGAGCUUGGGAGGUCGGAGGAUCACGACCAUCACCCCUCCACCCACGGCGACCACAUCCCUGGCGACCACUACCCUGGUGCCCACGACGACACCGACGACCUCCAAGACAACCAACCCCUGGCGCUCAACCUCAGCCUCAACAGCCUUACUGGACCCGUUACCCUCGCUAGUAUACAGAAUGUGACAGAGCUUGAUGUGAGUGACAACGGCAUCAGUAGCCUAGACGUGUCAUGCCUGGCGGCGCUCUCCUCCCUCACCUGCUCCAACAACGCCAUCACCACCAUCACCCUACACGCUGCCGCUCUCAUCUCCCUCACUGCCAACAACAACCGCCUUACCAAGCUGGAGGUGCGCUACCAUCCACGACGACUAACCCGACUCAACCUGGCAAGGAAUGAACUAAAUGCUGUACCACCCUGGCUGGUGUCAAGUACUGAAGUAAUACUGGUAGACGUGAGUCACAACCAGGUGACAUCCCUUCCUGCCUUCCUCACUUCAGGCCAUCUUCGCCGCCUCCACACACUCUCUGUGCACCACAAUAGUCUUACUUCCUUUCCCAUGCCACAGAGAGCCACCAUCGACCAUCACAAGGAAUCCAGCUGUGCUUAUAAUCCCACAAAAGGCCCUCACAGAUCAUCUCAUCAUUCCCAGAACUAUAAUUUCUCCCACAAUUUACACGAGGAACCUCGUUUGUGUUCGCUUGAGGUUCUGUUCCUCCACCACAACAAACUGACAGCUUUGCCAUCUAACCUCUUCUCAUGGCUUAACAGGUUGAGGGUGUUGAAUGUGAGUUCCAACCUAUUGAGUGUGCUGCCUGGUGCCAUUGAAGGCCGAAGUAACCGAGGAAAGUCGCCCACAUGCGGAGAAGAUGCCGGGAGCCCAAAAGUGACACUUUCUCUUCAAGAGCUAUAUGCUGCAGCCAACAGGCUCAAGGAUCUUGCUUCACUACAGCACUGCCGAGCACUCCGUAUCCUUCAUGCACCCUACAACAGGAUCAGUAACCUCCAGGAUAGGUUAGUGUGGUCUUGGGAGCUGCUGGAAGAGCUGGUACUAUCUGGAAACCAGCUGACAGUGGUGCCUGCUGGUGUGUCUCGUCUGCGACGUCUCAGGGUUCUUAAAGUCCACUCUAAUCCCCUGCAGUGUCUCCCUCGCCUUGCACAUCUUUCAGCACUGAAGGUGGUUGAUGCUUCUCAUUGUCAAUUGGGCCGCAUUGAACUGGAGGAGUUAGUGUCCCCUGGUUUAGUAGCUUUGGAUAUUUCUGGAAACACUGCACUCUCCCUUGACCACCAUCAGUUCACCAAAUGCAAAUCUAGAAGAGCAGUAAGUGUUGUGGAUGUGACCAGUCGGUCAGGCCGCUCUCUACCCUUAACAAGACCACAAGCAAAUUCCCAGUUAACUCGGCGCAGCGAUGCUGGCCAGAGAAGCAAUGGCCUCGCCAAUGAGACUUCUUCCAAUUUACCCUGGUCACUUGGUUUUGCAGAAGCCAUAGGCAGAGAUUCAAAGCUAACGAUUGGACAGUUGCGGGUGCCAGAUGUGGGUGGCUUAGGCAGUGUAGGUAUAGCUGCUGUGGCUGAUGGUGGCAAGGAAGUGGGGAGUGUUGGCAGUUUGCUGGCAUUGCUUCCAACACUUUUACAAGAAGAAUGUGCUUGCUCUCCCACACACACCUAUGCUCUCAAGUAUUCUCUUCUGACGGCUCUCAGGCAGCUGCGGUCCCAGGGUGUCACGCUCCCAAGUGCUGUGUGCGCUGCUCAUCUGGAGGCUGAUGCUACCCAACCUGGACAAUGGCCUGUCUUACGAUUGUGUUGUUAUGGUUCUGUUUCUGCCACUGUCACCACCACCCAUGGCCAGCCUGUAGUUCUCACUACCACUUCAACAAGAACACCUCCUAGUUCAGCAAAAGAGUGUAUUGAGGGAAUGAAGUGUGUUCUGGCAGAUGCUGCCACUCUUCCCGAUCCCCAUACAACAGAGCUUCAUCUUGGACCACAUCACACGGCUGUUGUUAUUGCUAGUUCGAGUUUAUGGGAAGUAUUAGGACCAAAAGAAGCUGCUAAUGUUUGUAGAGAAGUAGAGGAGGCAGGAUCAGCUGCUAAGCGUCUCCUGGACCUAGCACAAGCUUAUGGUACCCGUGAUGCUUUAAGUGUUAUUGUAGUGCGUCUCACACCUUCACAACACAAAUCUCCAAACCAGUCGCCAGUCCUCAGUGCAUUACAGAUGAAAGUAAAGUCAACCAAUACAAAUUCAGCAAAUAUUCACGAGGGUAGUGCAAGGAUAGAAAGAAGGCUCUCUGAGAGAGACCUGCAGGUCACAGGGCAAGAGUUGAUGGGGAAUAGCCGAAGAGUGAAAUUUGACAGAGCGUUGGCUAUUGUAGAUGAUGACCAGUACAACUACCAGCAUAUGAAUGACAAGAGAAAAAAGUCAAAUAAGUGUACUGAUUUUAAAGCUAAUUCCUACCAUAUAUUAAAUAAUAAAAAUAAUUUAAUGCAAAAAGGGUCUCAUAUCAAAAGUAAACAAGGAUCUGAUAUGACCCAAAGAGUUAGAGAAAUGGACAGAUCAUCUCCUAGUGGUCAAAGUCAAAGUGAUCAUAGUGAACAUGGUGUAGAUAUUCAUAAACACGAGAGUUCUAUAAUAAAUGAAUCACACAUGCCUUGUAAAUAUAAAGACAAAUUAUGGAAAAGUGUAGAAGAUCUUUAUGCCCAUCCUAACAGAAGAAAAAAAGAUAUUGGAAAAAACCCUGAAGCCGAAUCAAAAGUAAUUUAUACAAAUGGCAACACAAGGCGAGCAGUCACAUAUUACCACUACCCUCGGCCAGACCCAGCAGCAUCACCCUCUGAGACUUGUCCGGUGGAUCCUUUCAUUAUGGGACAAAGUGACCCUCAUACAGGCGUGCUGGCCCCUCCUGCUGGCUUUGAUGACACCGAGAGCGAUUCUGAAGGAAGUGACAGUGGCCUGAGUGGUGUCAGUGGUGGACAGCAUCAUACAAGUCAACAAAAUCAUUCAAAAUCUGAUGAUGCUACAGUAGACAAUGAUGCUGAACAGGUAAAUGAGGAACAAUUCCGUAGCUGGGAGUAUCUCCUGGCACGUAAUGCAAAACUGCUAUUCAUGCGUGAGUUAGACACCUUAAAACGUUCUAAUUCUCAAUCUGGCACCAUGCCUACAGCUUCUGCACCUGACUUGGUUUUGGCUGCAGCUGUCGAGAUAGAACCAAGUGGUUACUUUCAGCGAAAUAAUGUGCGCAAAUCUCGUUUAGGAAGAGGCACCUUUCGCUUCAUUCAAAGCAAACUAAGUGCAACUACCACCAAAUUCAGUACUCUACAGAGAUUUGCAAGCACAAGUUCCAAGAAUACUAGUAAUUUUCAUCGAUUUGGAAGUUUACAAAACUUAAAAUAUUAUCAAGAUAAUCGGCCUAGACCCCCACACUACCCUUUAGUGCAGCCUGAUUUGACUGCAGAGAUGCAAGAACGGCCUACACUAGACUCGUUGGAACUGGAGACACGUAUGCAUCACUACUGGCAUACUGGUGUUACAAAUUUUUAAGACAAAGUAUGUGAAUGCAUUAUAGACCACAAAUACAUGAUAUACAUAUCUAAAUAAGCCAACAAAAUUUAUGAGAGAGCUUGGCAUAUAGGAAAGAAGUGUUUUAUUUUGCCAGCAUUUGGAUGAACUGCUGCUUAACUGCUCAGCCUGUAAACAAAUUCACCAUUUGUAAAACCAUACAGGUCUUGAACAAAUCUGUAAACUUUCCUUGUAAUGCAUGUUUUAAGAUGCCAUUUUUUUCAAGCAUUAAAUUCUUCCUACCUGUAUCUUGAAAUUUUUAAGGAAUAUAAAUCAACCAUAAUAAAUUGUCAUGCUAAGGA